GACCAAAGUGGCCAACAAGCGCCCAGCACGAGGAGGCUCAGGCAACAAAGCAUCAACAUCGACAAAACGAGCGAGCUUUAUCCGUAGCAGGAUGAAGUCUUUUCAGUCAGAGCGAGAUAGGAAGUACAAGAAUAACAGCAGUACAAGGAGCUUUCUAUGGGAUAUUGUUCGCUGGGUGACCUGUCUGCAUCAUGCUCUGUUUUUGUUCAAUUUUGUGGUGGAUCGGUGUGACUGUCUCGUAACGAAACCACGACCGAGGCAGAAAUCGAAGCUUUCGUCUGCACGCACUGCUCUCCCCGCAUCGAGAGAAGAAUUGUACCCCCCCCUGGUUCUGCUUGGGGGCAUUGCUCAAACAAAAUCCUCGUGGGAUCACCAUCUUGGCGCUCUUGCAGAACACCGUCAAGUCUUAGUCUACGAGUGCAUCGGUCAGGGCGAGAAGGCGAUAGACGACAACAAUCUAGACGCGUCGUUGCCGGCCCAAGCCCGCAGACUCCUGGAGCAAUUGGACGCGGAAUUCACCACGGGCGGAAGAAGCAACGACGACGACAACCAGCUGGUUGUGGACAUUGCCGGCUUUUCGUUUGGUGGAAGAGUGGCAAUGGCCGCUGCUUGCUUGCAAACGGACGGGGUUUCCCAAAAGAUCCCCGACCAUGCCCGUGUUCGAAUACGGAGGCUUCACCUGACCGGGGUGGGAUGCGACCGAUCGGACUAUGGCCAUGUAGCCAUGCGAAGUUUCUCGGAGUUGAUCAAGAGCGACCCUUCUCUUCGGUCCUUUGCAUGGUCAAUCCUUUUGGCCACCUAUUCACCCGCCUACCUCCGAGGACUGCCAGAGCGCACUCUGGAGCGAUUGGUAGACUUCAUUGCUUCCUCGAACAAUGCAGACGGGUUGCUCGCGAUACUGGACCAAGCCGAGGUUAGCGACGUGGAGGAUCCCUGGCACGUAGUAAACAUGGCAGAUCGAUUGGUUUCGUCGGGAGAAACGCCCGAGUUCUCGGAGGGGACCGGCAGCAAGGGCGCCGUGACUGGAAAACUCUGUGUAGGAGAGUUCGAUAGAAUGGCACCCGUCGAGGGGGUGGCUCUGUUGCAGAAGAAACUGGGUUGGAUUCGGCACGGAGUCGAUGUGCUCCCCGAUUGCGGACACGCGGUAGUACUGGAACAACCCCGAGCUUGGCGGGAAUCUGUGUUGUCGUUCCUUAAUGCCAACGGUGCUGUUUCGUAAGAAUGCCACGGCAUAAUUUAAAAAGUAGAAAUAUUCCUGUCACAAAUGAUUCUUUGCGCUUGCUGUUAUGCUACGGUUGUGACUCCACGGAGGCAAGCGAAUGGUUGUACUAGGAAUGGCGCUAUGGUUUAUAGAUCACUAUUUUUCAUGUAUUACCGCUAUCGCUGAGAUGUCCUCUAUCCGUCUCGCGAUUUCAAUUCGACCAUGAAACAUUGGUAUUCCAACUCAAGCCGUAAAAAUACAAGCAACAAGAAUGGAUCUUCUGAAAAGAAUCCACGUUCUCGAUCUACGAUUCACCGGCCGACGCCGACUCGGCGUCCACGGCCUCGAUCACCUUCGAUGCCUCUUCCUUGCUCAAAAUAUGAUGAACACAUUCCCCGUUUUCGCCCUUGGCCAUGGUGUACAGUUCCAUUUUCUCUGCUGCAGCAGCAGCCGUCGUUCCAUCCAUUGUCUUGUUCAGGACCUUUACUGCCAAUUUCAGUGCCUCCUGAACAUCGGGUAUGCUUCCCUCCUCUUUUCCUUCCUCGCCCGUCUUGUACUCGGUUUUCAGCAACGACUUCCCCGCCUGGUUGUUCGCACCGAUCACGGUUGCCUUCCAUCCACUAUAAUUCCCCGACGGAUCGGACUGGUACAAUUGGAAGCCAUAGUUUUCGUCAUAACCGGCAAACAAAAAGGCAACACCAAACGGACGAAGACCUCCGCGUUGGGUGUAAAACUGCUUGUAAUUGCAGACAUGCUCUACAAGCUGUUCGACCGGGAUAGGUUCCUGGUAUUGAUACGCAUAUCUUCCAGCCCGAAGUCGCGCUUGAUCGAUCAAAAUAUUGGCAUCUGCUGUCAAACCGGCAACAUUACACGAAACAUGGGAGCAGAGCUGAUAUGUCUUUUCGGAAGUCUACGAGCAAACAUUUGCACAUCAACAAGAUAGGCAAACGCAACCAGAUCCAGGAGAAAGAAUUGUGUUGGCGUUCGAAUCGGAAGAGAACAACAUCAAAAACGCUCGAGUGAGAAACAGUAUUCCAUUUGCAAUUCUUCGUUUCCCCGCAAGACAGUUGCCCGCUUCACAAUGCUUCGUUUUCUGACCGGGUGUAUGGAUUAAGGGUCGAUCUAUCUGCACCUUACCUUCGAAGGCGCAAGAAGACCACUGGUGAUGCGACGCUCACUGGCCAUUACAAUCCCAUCUUUGGCCAGUAUACCGACACACGUUCCGGCAUUGUUGAUGGCUUCGAUGGCGUACUCGACCUGGUGGAGUCGGCCUUCGGGAGAAAAAGUUGUUGUCGAUGAAUCGUAGCGACGAGCCAUUUCGAGAUUAAUUGUCC